AUGGAAAAAUUAUUGCAUUGGUCAAUUGCUAAUGCUCAAGGUGAUAAGGAGGCUAUGGAGAGGGCCGGUCAGCCAGAUCCUAAGAUGUUGGCUCAGUUGUUCGGUGGUGGAGGUCCAGAUGAUCCAACUUUAAUGAAGGAAGCUAUGGCUGUCGCAAUAAAUGAAGAAGCAGAUUUAGAAAAUAGAUUAGUCGCUAUUGAUAACUUUGAAAUGUUGAUUGAAAAUUUGGAUAAUGCUAAUAAUAUCGAAAAUAUGAAACUUUGGGAUCCAAUACUUAAAUUAUUAGACAGCGAAGAAUCUGAAUUACGUAGUGCUACCUUAUCUAUUAUUGGUACUGCAGUUCAAAACAAUGUGAAUUCACAAGAAAAUUUUGCCAAAUACGACGGUUCUUUGAAGAAGUUAAUUGUUUUAGUACAAAACUCACAAGAACCUGAAUCUGUUAGAACUAAAGCUUUAUACGCAUUAUCAAAUGUUAUAAGAAAUCAUAAAGACAUUGGAGAAAAAUUCUUAGCAGAAAACGGCUUGGAUGUUAUUCCUCCAGUAUUACACGAUUCUAAAUCAAGCACAAAAUUUAAGAUGAGAGCAAUUUCCUUAUUGAACGCAUUUUUAACAACAAUGGAAAUUACUGAAAGUAUAAUUAAGACUAUCAGAGAGGAUAACGUAUUAGAGGCUUCAAUCGAUUGUUUGAAUACUGAAGAUGAUUUAAAUAUUAUAGAUAGAGUAUUGAAUUUUUUGUCACAGCUAAUAACUGCAAGAAUACAGUUUACUGAAAGUGAACUGGAAAAAUUAAGAACCGGUUUCAAGAAUAUCGAACAAUUCAAAGAUCAAUUGAAUGAAGAUGAUUACUUGGCUGUAAAGUAUGUAUUAUAA